GGGCGACUGCGGAUGAAAUCGGGUUAGCUGUGUUUUGAAAGUAACUUUCGGUAUGGAAAGGAGACCUGCGAAGAAGAAAUCAGACGACGGAAAUGUAAUAAAAGGAGACUGGAGUGGCUGGGUGAGUUGUCAGCUGAUACCGAGGCUUCUACACGAGUGUACUCAAGAGUUGAUUGUACUGUCGCGCCAAUAACAACUGCAAGUUGCAAAUGUUAGCGACACCAAAGUUAAAUUUGCACUGCACUAAACACUGAAGUGCUGAAAAAUCAGUCAAUUAAUUUUAAACAUAGCAAAUUGAAUUUUGCAAUUGACCCCAAUAACGCGAACCGCUGCUUACUCAAACUGUUUCUUCGUUUUCCUUCAGAUGAGGCCCUGCCCGGGGCGGCGGGGUGCAUGUCGGCCGUCUGAAUUUUAAAACGUCUCGUGUCGGUGUUUAUAAAUUCUUGUUGCUUAUUGUCUGCCGAGGGAGGUUGUCUCUUGUCACAAUUUCAUUUAUGCACUGUCGCUACUUUUUGGGCCAUGUCGCUUGUCGGAAUUUACCCUGGCAGGGCCUCUCUACUGUAUGGGAUUUGAACUCAACACCAUAGAAGUAAACAAAUUCCAAUGCAACAGGAGUUGCCCCGGUUAGAAAUGGGUUUCAUUUAACUGAUGUAUAAGCUUAGCAAUAAAGGGAGCACCAGCUUGCAAAGAUAGUUGUGUCCUAUAGCUUAGAGCUAGUUAAUUUUGCCACUAGAGUAGUAGAACUUGCCCCACAGUUUUUCUGGGAAAAAAAUGUUCUAUAAGUAGACCUUGUCACAGUUUUGGAAGCCAUCUUGAUUAGUAGGCAACCGCGUGAGAAAUUACUGUCACAAGCCUGACAUUUUUAAUUGAAACCAAUGAUAAAAAUAACUAAUUAACAUCUCUUCAGGAAAGGUAGGGACAAAAAAUCUGCCACAAAUUAGCAAAUGAUAAAACUAUAAGAAGAUGUAGCGAAAAUUUUUCAACUAAGUUUCCAAGGGAUGUCGUUUGUAUGAGAAUCUAAUGUCCAAUUAUUUCUGUAAAAAGGCUGUUCUGAAAAAAAAAAAAAAUGAAUUGUACACUAAAGCAACACAGCAAAGGAUUCUAGUAACAAAUUUGUGGGUCCCUUACCCAUGCUUAAAUUUCUCCAGACUCUUGCUUUAGAUAUAAGUUGAUAUUUGUCUGCAAUUUUUCCCAGGAAAUUUUAGUUAGCAUACAGAAAAUUUUAAAAAGUGGUUCUAGCAUAUGUAGCUGCAUGUAAGGCCCUCGGAUUUUUUUCAGUAAAAUCCUCAGGAGUGAAGUUUUAGUUUACAAUUCAUGUUUUUUUCAGAAGAGCCAUUUUACGGAAAUUAUUCAACAUUAGACACUCGUACAAACAGUGUAAUUUCCCACGCAGUUGCCUACUCGUCAAGAUGUCUUCCAAAACCAUGACAAGGUCUAUUAAUAAUAAUAUUUAUUAUUUGGUAUUACGCAAAUUAACAUAUAUCAAAUGAUCAAAUGAGCCCUAUUACCGGUAAGCUUAAUUUACAUGGAUCGAUUGCUGCUUUUCAAUCCUGAAUCUGAUGUAUAUAAUACACUUAUUAAUUACAAUGAAUUAUUACAGGUAAUUCACUAGUGAUGUAAUUAAUUCAUAAAUGAUAAUAAAUUCAUUAUAAAUCGUGCUCGUCAAAAACUUUGUUCGGCUAGUUAAAAUGACUCAGGGGCUAGUACAUGCUACUGAGUGGCUACAAUCGGUUCUGUUUGUUAUACCAAUUAAAAUCAAAUGGCUGUAGUGUUUGUUUUAGUGUUUUUACCGAUUAUGCAACAAGAAGAGCUAAUAGGAUGGCAUCCUGGAAGUGGAGUUAGAAGGACCAGAAUUCGAGUUAUCGGGGUAAAUUUCAGUGAAAUUUUUUUGAUCAAGGGAACUUCGAGUUAGCAGGGAAUUAGAAUUAUCUGAGUUUGAGUUAACCAACUAAAAAUGACUGAGAAGUGGGGGGAAAUCCACAGGAAUUAGGGCCUAGUUCGAGUUAGCGGGAGUUUGAGUUAACUGAAUUUGAGUUAUUGAGGUUCUAAUGUAUACUACAAUUUAUCUUAUUCCAUACCUGGCCAGCAAUAAAUUAAAUACUGAUUUUACAACAAUAGUUUUUAUCAAAAUUCUUAUCAGGGUGAAUAUAUGCAAGCGAAAGUACAGAAAUUAGAUGCUCAGUUUAAAGAGGAUGUUCCAAAAGUGCCAGAGGAUGUGUAAGUCAACCUACUAAUUUUAUUCAUGUACCUGUGUUAGAACUAGGAAAUGAAUCUGACUUUUCUACUAUUAAUAGCUGUGAACUUCACUAUGUUAUUUUUAUUAACCUUGCACCAAGUAACCUAUGCCACUCACUGAUGAUGAUUAUAUAAUCAAGGGAAUAAAGGGAGAUAUAAAGGAUCAACCAUAAGAGGACAAACAAGGGUCAUUUUUGUGGGUUGGACUUACCAAUUGCAUCACGCAGCCAUGCACAAAAAUGAUCCUUACUCACCAACGAGUCCUCAAUAGAUCAAUUUUUAGAGCAUCCGAUCUAGAACACGGAGGGUCGUAGGUUUGAAUUCCAUCUGAGGCUCAAAUAUUUCUGUGUCCUCUUAUGGUAACCGUUGAUUCUUAUAUCUUGCACCCAGUAACCUACAGUGUAGUAAAUUAUUAUGCACUGGCCUUCAGAGGUUGCUGAUUGUGACAAAAGCCAGACACAUGUAAAAUCUUGCAUUAAAAGUGUGAAGACAGAGUUAGCUUAGUGUUUCCAUAUGAUACAGAGGAAAUUUAACAGAAGCUAAUCAAUAAGUUGUCUUACAUGAGAUGGUUGUGGCCCAGGAGGUACUCUGUAUUUCAGGUGAUGGGGAUGACUGAAUGUGGGCAAAAAUCAAAACUCAAAUCAAUCCCUAGGGUUUCCAAUGAAACCCAAAAAAUCCUUGGAACAAAAAUCAGCUCAUAAAUAAAUCCCGUGCCGAAUAUUGUUAAAAUGGUAUACUGGUAACCGGUUUUAUGAAACAGAUACAAUGUAAUGUUUUAAAUACAAAACAGUCGCAAAACAAGUUUGGUUGUACAUGUACUUUAUUCACUGAACUACACAGGCAUUAUUGUCGUUAGAAUUGUACCAAACUGUUCUGCACAAAAGUCAGAGAUUUUCUAGCAAUAAAAUGUGGAUUCAGCUGAUUCGAGAAAUACAAACUGUUGCAAUUUUAUAAACAUUUUAGUUAAUUAAAUGAUGGUUUGUCCUGUCACUUGGUGUAAUUUGAUAGUUUCUACAUCCUAAAAAGAUUGUGCACCAAAAUGACAAAUUUAUCCCAGUAACACUACCACCAAUCUUCAGUUAAACUCAUCGCAAAUUGAUGAGCUUGGGAACUGGUGCCUUAAAAGUUAGCGGGGAAGGGCCAGAGGUAAUUCAGGCACCGCUAGGAGGUCUCCAUGGCAACCCGGCAAGCGGGAACCACCCCAGUAGCAGCCGCUAACAGGCACUGUCACACUGAAACUAGUCCAGUGGAAAUACUUACCUAACCCGAUACUUACUUCUGCAAUCCAGAAGCCCUCUGGGACGGGAGGGUGGGGCUAAUGAAUCCACAAAGAUUCGCUCACAGAAGCAGUGAUCGCAACGAUCGCUAGCAAGCAAGGCUGUACGUAGUUUGCCCCUGCGAACUCCAAAGGGGCGCCCCCACGGAUCCUGUGCAAACUGGGCGAGACCGCUGGCAGCAUUAGCUCGAGAUUAACCUUGCCUAAAUUACAUUUAGCCACAUAUUGUUUUGAAUACCCCAAAAAAUCCCUACUUAAAUCAAGGCACCCCAAAAAUAUUACCUUAAUUUUCCUACCUCCAAAAUCCUUCAGCCAUCCCCAUCACUUGAAAUCUGGUGUAUCUCCCCCCUACCUAGGUUUGUGGGAUGUUUAAAUAGCAUUUUGCUCAUUUUUGUUAGAAACUAUAAUCUUUAUCAACCUGUAAAAUUAUUUUGACUUUAAUUUAUCAAAUGUUGUAAGGAUUUAACCAGUCAAAUGCAAGAAAAACAAACAAAUCAAUUCAUUUGAUUGACAGAAAAAUUUGCAUUUGCUAUUGACUUGUUUUAAUAGGCGCAAUUCUGUAAUGAAAAUUAUACAGUGUUUGUUAUUUUGUAAUUUAACUCAAGUCAGAGUAGAUUGUCUAAUCUUUGUCCUUUUCUGCAGAGAUGUUCCUAAGAUAUUUGACAAGGUUGUUAUUUACAUUAAUGGAUAUACAGGUGAUCAACUUAACAUGAUUUAAGCCAUUUGUUUGUUAGGUUUUCUUAAUGUACAUGAGACCACGUUUACUGAGGGUAUUCUCUGGCUUGAUAUUUCACAGUUACCUAUACAUGCAGGUCACAGAUAUGUAAAAAAGGUUACUUAAAUAUGUUACACAUAUGUUCUCAUGAAGCAUCAAAGCUUGUAGAUUUGCUACAUGUAUGUUGCAUACAUGUACCCGUAUGUAAAUAUUAUGUCCACAUAUGGGCAGCAAUGAAAGAUAAUUAUGUUACCUACAUGUGACAUAUAUGUGGUUUUGGUAAAGCUGCCUGCCAAUUAUUUGACAGUGAGGGAUCACUUGAUUUCCUAGGACCUCAAUAAAGCUGGAUCUAUUUUCUAACAUCCAGUAACUAGCAAUUCUUAUUGGUGUUUAUUAUAGUGGUUGAAUAAGUGUCUAGAUACUUCAAACUUGGAUAACUCGAAUUCCCCACUAACUCAAACUAAAUUUCCUUUCCCUUGAUCACAAUUUCACUGAAAUUUACCCCAGUGACUUGAAUCCUCUGCUUAUUCAAACUGUUUUUCGUUUUCCUCCAGAGGUUGAGUUACCGGGGUACUUCUGUAUUAGUUUUGGAAUACAUCCUUGUAGUUUGGCUAAUAACCAUGCAUAUUUUAUUAUUAUUUGCAGUGCCACCAGCUGAUGAACUUCGUCGUCUUUUGUACUUGCAUGGAGGCCGUUGCCAACAGUAUUAUACCAAACGUUCUGUUACACACAUCAUUGCCACCAAUCUACCAAACAGCAAAAUUUCAGAGCUCAGGUAAUCCUAUUUAACAGAUUAAAGAAAUUCCAUUUUCUGUUAGUAUUACAUUGUACAUUUACAUUGACCUUCAAACCUCAGUUUUGGUCCAACUAAAAAUUAUGUUUGUGAAGUUUGGGCCCCAGGGUGUGUGUCUGGGGGAGGGGGAGGUACUCAACAAAGUUUCACAUACACAAUGUAUGUGGCAGUGAUUCUGUUACCAAUACAUGUAGUUAUAGUUAAUCCUGGGACUCAUCUUGUGAACAAAUCGUGAGUCCCAGUCCAGAAUCAUUGAGUCCCAGUAAAAAAAACAAUAAGUCCGAAAUUGAAAAUGCUUGGACCCUUAUGACCAGACAGGUAAAAGAUAUUCAUUUGUAAAGCACAAUGAAGACUAAAAGAAAUAUGCAUCGCUAAACAACAGCCACAGAAAUCACAUGAACAGGAUAUUCUACAAAAACAUCUUCAGAUUGAUUGAUCUUUGCAUCCUACGGGAUGCGUGCCAUGAACUUUUGUGUGUCUUUGGGAUUUUUUAUGCGUCAGGGAUGCAGGACUCAGCGGUAGCAAAAUCCCUGAUCGUGAAACCCCUCCCUGAGGUUUAACCAUGUCCCUCUUUUAGUUUAUAUACCAUUUUUGACGAAAAAGGUGCGCCUUUUGCAUAUCUUUUAUUGAUAAAUGGUACUCCGUUACACACCUACGUAGUUUAGUCUAGCACAGAACUUUGCAUCUCUUUCAACUGCUGUGAAUUAACUGUCUUUAAAGGUAAGUAAAUCACAAAAAUAGAAAGUUUUCUUGACUUUUUCACAGCCAUAAAUUUCAUCUCUUAGCCCUUUUGAGCCUUUUAAUAGCUCGAAAUGACAGAUUUCCCCACCCUUGCAUAUAGUUCAACUUGUGAAAUCUCUACCCUUUCAUAUACACGUUACCAACUCCUGUAAAACGUACCCCUUUCUGGCGGAGCCUCCCGUAUAGGUCAUUAUAGGGAGUUCCCCCAUCCCCCGGUGGCUUGGGCCUAGUAACAUAGCUUAGAGGGCUGAUUAGCAAGGAUGUAAAGGAAUAAUGAUCGAAUUAAUAAAUUUGAAAACAUUUUCUACUUCAAUAAGCUUUUGCUUUGUAAAAGCCAUAGUAAUUCUUAUUCAUAAUUCUAACCACAAUCUUGGACAGAAAAAUAUGGAACAGCAAUCCCCCGUCCUCCCAAAAUCAAGGAUAAAGCCGCGCAAAACCAAAACGCUCCAUUUUCCCAUCUUUAGUUGGUUUUGGGGGGUAGGGACGGUGGUACAAAUUUUCCAUCUAUUUUGUCCAAGAUUGUAGCAAGACUUGUCUUGCGGAACUUUACCUGUACCAGUCCUUUUUGUACGAAAUUUUUUUCCUGUUUUCUUUGCAGGGAUGAACUUGUUGUACAUCCGUCAUGGAUUUUAGACAGCAUCAAAGCUCGCGUUCUGCUCCCUGCUACACAGUACCUUCUUUAUCAACAAAGGAAAGCUGCACAGAAAGUUCUAAAUUUCGCUUCCAAUUCCAAAUCAACUUCUACAUGUACAAUAACUAAACCUUCCCCAAUGGGAGUCCCCUCAGUAACAACGUCACCUAGUUUGGGAUUGCCCUUAAGGGAUAUAUCUUCAGUGCAUUCGUCCUCAAUACCUCCCUCCACGGGAGAACCGUCAAUGGACUCGCGUAAUGAAGUCAGUGCAGACAUUGAAGACUGUGAAACAGAGAAAAAUGUUAGUGAUCAAGAUGAAACAGGAGGAAAUAAAGACUCAGUCAGUACCACAAAUAAUAUGUCACAUGAGAAGGCUGUAGCCCGUAAAGAUGAAGAUACUGGACACAUUGGAGGAGAUUUAAAUCUUGAAGAACCAAAUCUUACUUUACAAGAAAUGACCAGUGUAGAUGGAAAGACAGCAAAGAAAGCUUCUGACAGUGUAGUAUUCAAAAAGCCCAGCACAAGUGGCUUGCCCCGAGCUGGCGAUGCAAAUUUUGUAUCAGAAUUCUACAACAAUUCCAGAUUGCAUUAUUUAUCAACCUGGGGAGCAGAAUUCAAGAAGUACACAAGUGAAAUCAUCAAAUCUUCCGCAAGCAAUGGCUGGAAGGGUAGAGGAACAGGUCGGGUUGGACCCCAUGGCCGGGUGGUUAUGCAUAUAGAUAUGGACUCAUUCUUUGUUUCUGUGACAUUGCGUGACCAACCACAUCUCAGGGGAAAGCCGAUUGCUGUGUGUCACGCAGGCAAAGGCAAUUCAGCUGACCAAGGUAGGUGUAGAGUAUUAUCUAAUGAAAAGAGUCCCCCACCCCCCUUGGGUUUGGGAUUGAAAUGUUACAUUUGGUGAACCUUACAUUAGACUAAACCUAAACCACUCCCCUGGCCACCACAGGCAGACCACCCUCUGUGUGUGUGGCCGUUAUUGCAAUCUGAGCUUCGGUCUUUUAUGCUCAAUAGAAAAAAUGCAGAUGAACAUUACGGCGGAUUCAGUGCACUCCAAAGUACAGAUUUAAAUCUAAAUGUUCUUGAAAGCAAAGGUCAAGUAAAAUGCUAACUUAGUCAUCUGUCAUGUUUUUUUUACCGUCAUGAGCUGUUUAAAGCAUUAUUUUGUGAGAUGAUUAAUUAUUUGACCGGUAGCUUAGAGUGGUUUGCCUAUGCCGCCACUCUUUUUCACGGAGUUAUGAGGGUCGUGUUUUAUACUUUGUCCAACUGUUCGCAACCAGUACAACAAGAAGAUAAAUCCCCUAAGAAUAAUUAUUUAUUACUGCUAUCACUAUGCUUAUCCGUCACACAGUGCCCCCCAGCUGUGUGUUGCUGAUAAAUCAUACUUAAUGAAGAGUAAAACGAAUGUCUUGUCUAUUGUUGGUGCUGCAAAAGCUUGACGGAUCCGUUGCCCUUGUUUAGCCCAAUUGUCUAAGCAAGCCUCAUUUGCCCAAAAAACUCACUGGUCAAGGGCACCUUAGAGGUGGGGGGGGGGGGGGGGGAUGGGGGGAGUUAUCUCUUGUAAAGGAUGGUUUUCGCUAGCGACAGAGUCGGAGUUGGAGUCGUAAGUGGAGUCGUGAGAGCGCUUUUGACCUAGUGAAAAUCAAAAACCGGAAUCGUAAGCUGAGUCAUAAGCGGGACGGAAUCGGAGUCAGAAGAAUCAGGACGUUUCUGUUUUCUUACGACUCCUUCGCUUACGUUCCGCUUAUGUUCUAGUGAAAACCAGAUUGUUGGAGUCAGAAGCAGAGGCGGAAGGAUAAACCAAUCACAAUGCGCGUUCCCACGCUUUGUGAUUGAUCUAGUUCUUCCGCUUCUGCUUGCGACACUAAAGACCCAGUUUUCACUAGAUUGUGAAGUACUACGCUUCUGAUUACGACUCCGACUCCAUCGCUAGUGAAAACCAGCCUUUUUUGCCCGCCUUUGGCCUAAUCGUCCUAAUGCUUAAGAGAGUACCCUCUCGCAAGACAAGAUUUAUUACUGAUUAUAAUUAUUUUUCCCAGCAUCUGCAAAUAACCCUUACACGUCACCGAAGAAGUCAUCGUCAUUUUUUAACUCGAUGUCGGAGAUCGCUUCAUGCAGUUAUGAAGCCCGAGCUGUUGGUGUUCGCAAUGGAAUGUUCCUGGGUCCAGCUCGUAAACUGUGUCCCGACAUCCACUGUGUUCCUUAUCAGUUUGAGGACUAUCGGCAAGUAUCACAGAAGCUUUAUGACAUUUUGGUCUCGUACAGUCAUGAGAUUGAAGCUGUCAGCUGCGACGAGGCUUACAUCGAUGUAUCCGAGGCAUUAGAAGGUAUGAACCGGAAAUAUAUUGGUAAAUCGCCUUCUUAUGGUUGAUUCUUUACAUCUCCCUUUAUGUCGACCUGUGUUUGCUGAAUCGUGCAAAGCGUUUUCAGAAGUUUGCUGUUAAAUUUUAAUUUGGAUUAAGCCUUCAUAUUUUUCAGUAUGUUCGUCACUGUCUUUGGAAAAUGUCUGCGACUCCUGGUGCAUGCAUCAAACCGGGUUUAGUUCGCAGGGCUGCAAAUAACGGCCGGUCAACGGACAAUGUCCGGCCUGAUCGCGGACUUGACCGGUCAAACUCCGGUCUUGCCGGUCAUUUUGACCGGUCAUUUUUGGAUACAAACACUUUAUUUUCCAUACAGUUGUCGCUUAAUGCUCUAUAACGCUGCAAUGAUUUCUUUUUUCUUUGGUGUUUUUUGCUGCUUUGCACUAAACACUUCUAAGAAAAAGAACGCCGCAAUAAAUUAAUUUCAUGUCGUCAUGUCGUAAUCUAACGCAACAAAGUGAAUAACAAACUGAGUUGGAAAGUAACGCAACGUUGCAAGUCGUACUGUACUUUUGGCUUUGCUGUACUCAGCAAUGUGACCUUCUUCACUUCUUUGGGAAUUCGAAGGAAUUCAGGCAAAUCGAUUGCAAUUCUCAACAGGUCGUCUUGUGUUUCUCCGGGAAUAAAUCUUAGCGCAUCGAUUAAUAAUAAUUUCUUUUAUGUCGAACAUGAAUCUCGUUUGCAGACUCGAUUCCAGAAUGGUCUGAUAAAAAUUUAGGCUACUCAAGAGCGAAGGUCGUCGUCUAUCGCGGCGCUAGAUUCUCGUUCUUGUAAACAACUUUAUGCAAAUUUCUGUUGACAUUUGAGCCCUUAGCGAUAAAAUGUUGCGCGAUGACCCAAAUUUAUUUAUUGACUUCUGAUCAUCAACACGCUGUUUGUGGAACAAACUUCUCGCCAAUGCAAAUCAACUUCUUUGCCGAAAAUAUCAGCGACGAUUCUUCUUUGGGGAAGUGACUUUCGAUCACGUGCCAGGCAAGGAAAAAGAUCAAGUUUCACCGAUGUUCAUUUCGGAACAUCAACGUAAAACAAGCGUGUGCAGAUUUUGUAAAAUAACCCAUUUUUUUUUUUUUUCGUAGUUUCUAAAGUUUGCUGAACUGUAUGUGUAUUCCGUUUCCUGAACCUUGGGAGUUUGAAAAGGAUUUACGCUUCACUUUUUACCUCAAGAGACUUCAGACACCGCCAUGCAAUGAUACUCAAGGUAGAACGUAACAUUAAAACGUGCGAAAACCGCGGAAAGGAACUCUACAACGUGCGAAUGUAUUUUUCACCAAUUUGCUAUCAAAAAUGUGAACGUCAAUGUAGUAAUAACGAUCUAUUGCCAGCAUAAUUGGAUAUUCCUUAGGCAAAAAAAAAAUUAUUAGUAUUCAUUAUUUGACCGGCCAGAAUCGGGGUUUGUCCGGGUUGAAAAAUAUUUGGCCGGUCAUCAUGACCGGCAACCUGCUGUCCGUUAUUUGCAGCCCUGGUUCGGCGGCCGUUUUGCCACAAAGUAAAUUUACCGAGUUGUGUAGCUCGGCGGCGCCAGUGGAUCAUGACUUGUGAUAUUUUCGGCACCGGACAAACUAACACUUUAACUCUAUGUCAUUUAUUAGGAAAAACUUAUAAACCAGCCCACAGUAGCGCCACUCUCAAGUCACUGAAAUCAACACGCUCGACCAAAUUACUGGAAAAGUUAUUGACGUGAGCCGCACGCACAUUCCAUUGAAGGCUUUGACAGGGCUAGUGCGAAGUUUGAAUUCAGAUAUGAAAGCUUUUCAAACAGUAAAUUCAAUGUAAUUCAUUUUGUCAACAAGUUGAUGAUUGGAUGCUCUUAAAAAUAACAGAGAAAAUUAUCCGAAGAAAUGUUUUGGAAGAAAGAAAAAGAAUCCCGGGUUAAGCACUAAUCGGCCUUUGAGCAACUACGCCCUGUAACUCGCGCCAGUAAAACAAAAUGUUCUAUUUAAAUAGCCUGCGUGGCACUCUGGCCAAUGUCUCCUCCGAUUACAAACGCUUGACACCGAACCAUACGAUAUCUUCUCAAAACCUUCUUACAAUGAUGCACAGUUCUAAAUCUAAAUCUAAAUAUCGUUAUGUCGGCAAAAUCGUUUGGGACAUCACGCCAACUCUAAGAUAAUAAUAAAUAAAACUAUACUAGAAUAUACAAAACUAUUAAAAACUAUUAAGAAACUAUUAAAGACUAUUUUAAACUACUGAUAAAAGGAAAACUAAGAAAACUAAAUUAGUUUGCUUUUAAAAAUACAGAGGGAUUGGCUGGAAACAGUUUCUUCUGGAAGUUUGUUCCAUUCAGUUAUUGUCCUGGGAAAAAAAGAAAAUCUAAAAAUAUCUUUAUGUCCUUUCGGUACAAUAAAUUUAAAAUCAUGGCUUCCCAGGGUUCUCCUUUCUUUGCUUGUUAUCAAAUAAUCCCCCCAGUCCCCAUCUAGGAGGCCGUUGCACGUCUUGUAUAUAGUGGAGAGCCUUGCGUGUCUUCUCAUUGUUUCAAGUGUGUCCCACUGUAGGUCUUGCAGCAUUUCCGUCACGCUCGUUGUUCGAUCGUAAUUUCCAGUGACAAAGCGGGCUGCUUUCCGCUGUACCCUUUCUAGAGCGGCUUUAUCUUUCUGGUAAUGUGGGUCCCAUGCGCUACAGGCAUACUGGAGUUUUAGCCUCACAAGUGUCAUAUACACGGUUUCUUUCACUGACUUUGGACAAUUCCACAGAUUUCGCUUGAUAAGUCCCAAGACCUUAUUUGCCCUAGAUGUGAUUGUUUCAAUGUGUGGUGACCACCUCAUUUUGUUAUCGAGCACUACCCCCAGAUAAGGGUGAGAUUCCACUUCUUCUAGGAUUUGUCCACAAAAUACGUAUUCCCGCUUUGGUGGAUCUCUCCUGGUUGUAAAACACAUGAUCUUGCACUUUGAAGGAUUAAAUUCCAUCUUCCACUUUUGUUGCCAAUCUUCUAAUCUAUACAAGUCCUCUUGGAGAUCGGCUGUGUUUUCAUCACAACAAAUUGUCCCAUAUAACAAUGCAUCACCAGCAAAAAGUCUAACAGUAGAGUUAAGACUAUCAGGUAAAUCAUUUAUAUACAUUAAUAACAGUAGCGGUCCUAAGACUGUUCCUUGGGGAACACCAGAUGUCGUAACUACAGGGGCAGAUGAUGCCCCCUCAAUUACCACUGAUUGGGUACGCUGUGUUAGAAACGAUUCAAACCAGUUAUGUAGUGGGCCACGAAUUCCAUAAUAAUCAAGUUUCUUCAAGAGUCGGCGAUGGGGAACUUUGUCGAAUGCUUUUGAAAAAUCAAGGAUUGCGGCGUGAAUUGUUUUGUUAGACUGGAUAGCACUUGCUAUGUCAUGAAUGGUACAUAUGAGCUGUGUUUCUGUUGAUCGUUUCGCUCUAAAGCCAUGUUGACAAUCAGUGAGCACUCCAUAUCGUGAAAGAUGCUUCAUAACAUGGCUGUGUACAAUAUGCUCAAGUACCUUUGAUGCAAUGCAGGUAAGUGACACGGGCCUAUAAUUUGAAGGAUCCGAUUUCUUUCCUUUCUUGUGAAUAGCGCAUACGUUGGCAUGUUUCCAUUGGAUAGGCACAGUUCCGGUAUCAAUACAAUCUUGAUAUAUAUCAGUAAGAACCUUUGAUAUUUCAUGGGCAUUCUCCUUUAAAAACCAGGGUGGAAUUCCAUCCGGGCCAUACGCUUUGUCUACCUUCAACUCGCUAAGUUGCUUUUCAAGUCCACAGGUUGUGAUGUUUAUUGUUCCAAUAGUCGGAAUAGGGCUUUCGCCAGGGUCUGGGAUAUUCUCUGAUUCUUCGUUGUUGAAAACACUGGAGAACUGACUAUUUAGCACUUCGGCCUUAGCUCUCGGUUCGGUAAACACUUCAUUUCUAACUUUGAGGUCUUGGGUAUCUGUAUCCUCUUUUCCUAGUUUUUUGAUGUGUGAACAAAAAGCCUUCGGGUUUUGUUUUAUAGAAUCACCGAAAAAGUCAGAAAGAUAAUUGUUCCUGGACUCAUUCAAGUUCUUGUGUAAUUGUUUCCUGACUAGUUUAAAUUUAUUCCAAUCAGAUUGCCUUCCAGAUUUCUUCGCCCUGUUGUAUAGCCUUUGCUUUUUCCUUGUCUGUCUUCUCAAGCUACGGUUAAACCACGGUAGGUUAUGGCGUGAGGUAGUGAACUUGUGUGGUAUACAGGAGUCCAUAAUUCCAGUGAGCCUUUGUUGAAAUAUAUUCCACUUUGCGUCUACGGAUUCGUUCUUCAUUUCUUCAAAGUCAUUCGCAAAGUCUUGUAAUUCUUUCUUUAUACGGGUGGUAUCUGCCCUUUUCCUCAUAUAAAUCUUGCGUCUCACUGGCUUUUUCUUUCUACAUGCCAGGUUCACUUCAAAAAGAACCAUAUCGUGAUCGCUUAUUCCCGGGAUUACCCUAACAUUGUUGAUGAUAUUGACAUUAUUUGUCAACACAAGAUCGAGAAUGUUGUCAUCUCUAGUAGGUACCUUUACUAGUUGGGUAAGUCCAUGUUCAUCGAUGAUUUCAAGCAGCUGUUCAGAAUUGAAGGAGCAAUUUGUUGAUUCAAGGUCGUUCCAUUUAAGGUCCGGGGCGUUGAAAUCUCCCGCCACGAUUACAUUGCUAGUAUUUAAUCUAUCGCCUAAUUUGAAUAAAGAUGAGUCAAGUUCAUGUAGACUGCUUAUAUCGGUCUUGUUUGGGCGAUAGAAGGAAGCGAAGAAUAGAGAUUUUGAUCUCUUAUUUUGGAUCUGACAUUGGGUCCAAAUAAUCUCACAGUCCGUAUUCAGUUUAAAUAGAGGUUUCGCUGUACGCAACCGUUACGUCCAAACUAUGCGAUAAUCAUAUUUAUCUAUAUCGCAACCACCCUCCCGCCUCAACUGCUACCUCUACGCCUAACAAACAUAUCGAACGCACUCUCCUAAGCUCCGAUUACUCCUAGUAUUAAUAUCAGGUGGCAUAGGUUGGUUGGCUGGAGGCUCCUUCAAGGGUGGGUAGGUACUUCAUAUAUGAUUAUUAUUAUGUACCUAAACAUACCUAUUAUCCGUGUUUCCGCUGACCAGUUGUUGGUUUUCAUUGAUCGCAGGCUCAAGUCCAUAAUGAAAAGGGCACUUAAUAGAUAACUUGUUGACCUCGUCCGUUCGGUCUUUACAGGGAAAUCUCUCAGACCUCGGCCUUUAUGUAGUGACCGAGCGACCGUCCUCGGUCUGAGAUUUCCCCGUAAUGACCUCACUAUCGGUUAACAAGUAGUAUGUAAAUCAAGGAAACUUAUUCUGACAGCCUUUUGACCAAGCGAAGUAAAAGUAAUUUGUAAGUGCUGUCAAAUCAAUCAAGACAUUUUUUUCCUUCAGUUGGUUCAAUAUCAAUAUACUUGCCGAAUGUUCAUUAACAUACAUGACCAUCUCCAAAGACAAGAUAACAUAACGAAACAAAUUGAACCAAGCCUAAAUUUGAGACGAAGCAUAUAAUUUUGUUUUUUGAAUCACGUUUAAAGUGCUUUUUUAAAUUCAUGUGAAGACUCGCUCAAUACCAGCCGAGAUGCCUGAAAAGGACGUGUACAGAAUAUAGUCCGCGUUAAAGCGCUAGCAAACCGGCAGCGAACCGACCAUCUGACCUGUUAAAUGGUCCUUACCAGUUGCUUCAUUUUGUUAUUCAUAGAGGGUGAAACCCCUACCCAGCUGGCAGAGAAGAUUCGCGCAGAGAUCAAUGAAGCAACGCGCUGUACUGCAUCUGUUGGUAUUGGCGCUAAUGUUCUACUCGCUAGACUGUGCACCAGAGUAGCUAAACCUGACGGCUGCUACCACCUUUCACAUGAAGAUGAUGUUAAUCAGUUUAUGGGUAAGUAAUGUAUCAGGUUUUAUAGGGAAACCUGCGUUGAUAAAUUCUACAGCAGAAAAUGUCUGUUACUUUGAAUGGAGGGACACUCCACUUUAAAGACCAGAUUAUUUAGCUUGCCUAGCUCGUGCGUUGUAUCGCACGCGACUGCGUAAUUCGACCGGUGCUUUUGUUGUCUUUGUUUAGGCUCAAAAGCCCGCGAUAUCUAUUUUUUUUUUUCAGAGGACACGCUUGAGAACACAGGGGGCCCCCUGUAAAUGUACUGGAUUUACCGUUUGCUUCACCUAUAACGAUAUAUCGCUAAGUAUGUAUAUAAAUCAAUGUUAAAUAAGCGUUGAAUUACCUUACCUGUGGUAUAUCGUCGUCCUUUUACCUCAAAAGCGGUUUUUUGAGCGAUUUUGAAGGAUUUUGAGUUCGCCGUUCACUGUUUCUAGUAGUAGAAGGACCUUCUUUUGUUAGGAAUAGUAAACUGCAAACUAGCGAUAUAUCGUUAUAGGUGAAGCAAACGGUAAAUCCUGUACAUUUACUAUAAAAUAACAAUCGGUUACACACACACAGUGGGCCCCCUGUGCUUGAGACAAUUAAGCUUGAACAAGUGAAACAAAAGAGCCUGUUAAAGUUUUUAAACAUAAGCCCCGUGCAAAAACAACAAGAAUAACACGCUUUCAGUGUGCGUAAAAGCACGCAAGGCGUGUUAUCUAAAGCUAAAUUUCCUCUACAAAAACGAACCGUGAAAGAUUACAAAUGGCACCCUUUUCUGGGCUUAUGCGGGCGAGUGAACUCGGCUGCUCGUAACAAUCGAGAAGGAAAAAGUUCUACCUCGUGGUGAUCGCAGCGAUUAUAUGGAAACCAAUCUCCAGCAAUCGUAGGCUCAUAGCGACAGCAAAACUACCAGAAAUUUGUAGGCAAGACUGUAGAAGCUUGGAGAUUUGGCACAUAAUUUCUGUUGUGGACAUGUACCUGAUUUUUUCUGUUCUCCAUCAAUGCGUGUUCUAAUUGGUCACUUCAAGAUCGCGCGACAUCUCGCAUUAAAACGUUUUCCCGCCAAAAUUUUCGGUGUACUGUUACUCGCGAAUGUUAACCACUCGCAGAGAUUUACUUUAAUUCAUUUCUACACGUAAAAGUUUUCCUUCAUUGGCUGUUUAACAAAUAGCUUUUUGACUCGUCUCGUUGGGGUGGGAGUGCCGGCUUCCCAACAAUUCACAAAGCGCGUGAUCGACGUUGAAGUCCUUCUCUCAUGCAUUUACUGGGGCUUGUUUUUUGAAUGUUUAUUGUGGGCUACAAGAGGAGCCCUCAAUCCUAAUCUCCAGGUUUUUAUUACGCAUGCGUCGCAUGUAUGUAUCAUGCAUUCGUUUCGACCUCUACUAAGAAUGAAUGGAAUGCACAGAGCGCUAUUUGAUCACGUGCGUUUGGACGUUCUAUAACUUGUAAUGUGAUGACGCGUGUUUGGACCAUCUCUCACGUGAAACUUACGCAAAGCACAGCUAUGGAGCAAAACCGUUUUGAACUUCGAUUGUUGUUGCCCGCACUCCGUAACCAUUAAUUAUUACUAGAUUACAUAUACAUGCACUCGUUAAGAAUGACUUUAUUAGUGAACACAACCUAUAAACCAUUUUUCUGACCCCUUAUGGCCUGAAUGGAACUUGAAAUAGCACUGUCAACUUUUACGUUUUUACGGUUCCUGUGUCUGCGAGAAAUCGAUUUAAGAAAGUUGUUUUAGUAAUCCAUUUACACCUACUUUGCUAGCAUUCUGUUGCUGUUAAAAUAAAUAAAAAAAAUAAUAAAUUUCCUUUACUUACCAUUUAUUUUUUAUUUUUAUUUAUUUUAUUAUCAUUUUGCCAUUUAAGUUAAAUAUAUGCAUAAAACUGAAAUACAAAGAUGAGGCAAGGGAGCCUAAGGCUGCGUGCAAACAGACGCAACAACUCCCAACAUUGUUGCGCCAACAAUGUUGGGAGUUGUUGCGUGCGUGUUGGCAGUGGUGUGCAAAUGGACGCAACAACUUCCAACAAUGUUGGGACCUGCAGUGCAUCGUGGGAAGGAUACAACCUAUAAGUCUUUGUAAACCAUGCGUAAUGAGCGUGCGUGGCCCCAACAAUGUUGGAAGAGCUGUGCAAACGGAUCCAACAUUGUUGCGCUACGCUUCGGCGAUCACGGAACAAAAGAAAUGUUGGGAGAUGUUUGCUGAAAAGUUUGACCGGUUUCAAACUUUGAGCAAACAACAUCCAACAACAUGCAACAGGGUGUGCAAACGGACGCAACAUGUAACAUCCAACAAUGUUGGGAGUUGUUGGCCAACAAUGUUGUGUCCGUUUGCACGGGGCUUAAGGAAGCCAAUAAGGCUUAUGAAAAGGACCGCCUUUAAAAAUAUAUUACCCAAUUGAUAAAUAAAAUACUGGCAUCGGCAAGACAAUUUAACUAUAUAAGCAAAUACAAUUUCUUUACAACGUAGAAGAUAAUCAUUAAAUAGGAUAAAAAUAGAUAAGGCUGAACGUGCAAGUGCAAAAACGAAAAGGAAAAAGUGAGAAAACAUAAUGCAACAAUGUACGAGAAAAAAAGUGAAAGAAGCGAAAAACUGCACACAAGCAUUUAGCUAGAGAAGUAAAGUGUGCUUAUACCAAGAAAAAGACUUUCGUUUGGAAGUGAAAACAGCAAUACUAGAGGCAUUUUGAAUUUCGGAGCCCUUGGCAGUAUUUAUAGCACUUAUUCUAGUGGGGCUGAGCAACACCUGAAGCAUAGAAGUUAUGUCAAAUUUAAUGGGGUUAAGAAUCCCAACUGGCUGGAGGCAAACCAGUUGGCUAUUUUCCAGAUUGGUUUGCAGAUUUCAAUUCAGGAUUACCGAGAAGAAGUCCAGCUAGCGGUUAGGGUGGCACUUGACUUGGGGCCUCCGAAUUGCAAGUCCAGCGCUGUAACCGCUAGGUCGUGCUGCCUCCGUAAAGUUCAAAGAGACUUUUACUUGUUGAGAAGGAACCUUCCAGUAUUGGACUUCUGAUUCACCACAUUUCGUUUAUGGAAACUAAGAGGUGUAGAUUCUCGUGACAUUACAUCCAUUCACCGAUUAAGAAGUGAGAAGUGAGAAGGAAACUGGAGCCGAAAUGCGUCUCGCAAUUGCUUCUGGGAUGGUUACUGUCCCUAGUAACAAUCCCAGAAGUCUUUGCGAAAGUUAUCUCGACCUAGGUUCUCUUUCGUCUGUAGCCCUUGUUCUUCUCAUCAGAUUUUUUCCCCUUUUUUUUUUUCAGCUUCCCAGAAGGUUGAUGAUCUGCCAGGAGUCGGUUGGAGCCUGGGACAGAAACUUCAAACUCUGGGGGCAGAGACGUGUGCAGACUUACAGAAAUUUAGCUGCCAAGCGCUUCAGAAAGAGUUUGGUCCCAAGACUGGUCUCCUCUUGUAUCAGUAUUGCCGAGGUAUAGACGAUAGAAAUCUUAAAACUGAGCGAGAAAGGAGAUCUGUAUCAGCUGAGAUCAACUAUGGUAUCCGCUUUACAAAGGUAAGGAGGGAUUUUGUGUAGUCUUGGGGCAUUUCCAUUUACCAGCAAAAAAAUUCCUGAGAAUUCGAUGGAAAUGUCUAUCGAGAGAAAAUCGUGUUUGAUUUGACACGAGUUCCAUUCGUUUGCUGCUCUCCUCAAAAUUCAAAAUUGCGGCACGGAUAUAGUCGUCAAUAGCCUGAAACUGUGAGAACUCGUAAAAGGAACAGGUGUUUCCUCCACUUAUUCCGGAGAAUUUUCUUGUGGAACGCCCCUAAGAAACGCGUGUUUCGUUUUCAUCUCAACUGGAAGUUCCGAAAUCUCUUUGUAAGUGAAAAGUGCCCGUAAUAUCAUUUGUAACAGUGUUUACGAGACGUCAACUUUCAUCAUGGGGACUGAAGAAAUUACUCUUCAACGGUGCUGCCUCCUAAAAUUAGGUGUUGCUUGCAUGUGCAGUUUGCUGAGAUGUUUUUAGGAAGUAUAUCUAUUCACAGUUUAGUGGAAUGAAAACAAGAAAAAAAAAAUGGCGAGGGGAAGUGGAGAAGGUAAAAGGAGGAAACGCUUGUGCUUUGUGCCCUCCAUGCUCUCCCCAGUUCCCCUCGCGAUUUUUCGUUCCUUUCUCUAUGUCGCGUUGCCCCUCCGUCCAAAAGAAAUAUAUGGAUACCCCUUGAAAUAGCCCAACAAUAUAGCUGUUUGAAAUUUCGUCUCAUUAUGUUUUUCGGGUUCCAGCUAAAUACAGUGCUUAGUUGAAGACUGAGAUACUAGCGGAGUUUUGACCAGAAAACAUCCUAGAUGCCUUUAAUGGAGGACAAACCAGCGAGCGAAUCGCCGCUGAUCGUUUCAUUUCCUGUUCUAUUUUAGGAGAGUGAAGCGAUUCAGUUUAUCAAUGAACUGGCCGAGGAGGUACAAAAGAGACUAAAGGCACUUGAUUUGAAAGGAAGGUGCAUCACUUUAAAGGUAAAAGGAUCCACGUUUUACCUUGUGUAUGUCUGUCUCUCUGUGAUUCCAAUAACCUGAGAUCAGGCUCAAUUUUCGUUUCGCUAAAAUUGGGCCUGAUCUCAGGUUAUGGUUCUAAAUGAAAUCCUAUAGUUAUAUAGUUUACAGAUACAUCACAUACUUUCUACAUUGCUAUUGAAUAUUUAAGUGGAGAAACCUGAAAUCAAGAGAACCUAAUUAGUUGGUAAGGGAACUGUUUCCCCGUCCUUUCUUCCAACCUCCAGAGCCGAGCUGUUCAAAGAUGGGUUAAGAUAACCCAGGGUUAGUGCGAAAUUAAAACACAGAAAUGAAAGCUAUAAAAGUAAAUUUAGUCUGUCUAAUUCUUUUCGUCUACAGUUGGAUGAUUGGAUGCUCUAAAGAGAAUGGAAAAAAUUAUCCGAAAAAAUGCUUUCGGAAAAAAAAAAAAAAAAAAACUAGAUUUAAAUUUAACCCCGGGUUAGCGCUAAUCGGCUUUCGAUCAACUGGCCCCAGUUGUUCUAAAGGUGGAUAGGUCUAUUCAUUGGAUAAAAUAUCUUAUCCACUAAAUUAAAGUGAUUUAACUGGUGGAUCCAGCGGAUAACGCAAAUAAUUGUUUUCACGGUUUUAAUUAUUUUCCUUAAUAAAGGGCCGGGAUUCCACUAAAUUAAAGUGAUUUAACAUUGGUGGAUAGCGCCAACGUUCCACUGAGCGACAAUUUUGAACACCUGUUUUUUGCGCCAGUUUUGCAUGCGGUUCUAAGAAUGGCAGCAAAUAAUUGUUUUCACGGUUUUAACUUAUUGACAGCUAUCACGGAUGCCCGGACUCAAAGGUAUAAAGGAACACAGACGUCCAGGGCUUAUGGAUUUUACUGAUAUGAAUCGUUUUAAGAACACUUUUAUUCCUGAUAUUUUUUAGACUAGUUUGAUUAAUUCGUUUUUAUUCAUUUUUUGUUUUUGUGUAAUUUCAAUUUAAAUUUUUGAGUUUUGUAAUUGUACGUCGUUCAUGUUCUCAUUUGAUCCUAUCAUCAGCAGUCCGUUUUUAUUAUUUACUUUAAAGGAAUGAUUCAUUGUUUCAUUUUACAGCAGUCCGUUUUCCUAUUUAACAAGGAAUGAUUCAUUGUUUCAUUUGUUCGCCGUUCCAACAACCUGGAAUAGCGAAAACAUAGGGCCAGUACAACGCCUAUGCUCAAAGCCAGUGUUCUAUGUUGUCACGUGUACAGUGGCAUCACAAGAAAGUGUUUCGGCCCAUAACGCCUGUCUCAUGUCUCACCCUUACAGUACUUAAAAGCAGUUUAGGCUUGGUUUCCAGAUAAUGGUCCUGGAUCUCCUCUAUACCUGGGGCGAUUUGGACAUGUCGAGUGACUAUAUGGACACAACCUUGUAUAUAUGUACACCUUGGUUCUAUCCAGGCCUUUGCGAGCCCCCUAAUCGUUCGUGCUGUGCGUAGACUACGUGCAGUCGCCCUUCUUUGCUCAGUGUGACAUCAAAAGAUCAAGAGACUGCUUGCUUUUUGUGUCUUCCGGUAUGGCAUCAGAAGUGUUUCAAACGUCGCUUGGUAACAGAUAAAUAGUGUUUUCUAUUUUGUCCUUCUGAACUCUUUUUGUUGAAAGGUUUAUUUGUCCUUUGGCGUCUUUAGAUAGAUCAAACGCCAAGAGACUCAUGAAUAGCGAAAUUGCUCUAUUGCGGUUGCCCUAACCGUUUGCUUUUUUCUUGUACAGAUGAAAGUGCGGAAAGCAGGAGCGCCAACCCCGCGAAAGUUUAUGGGUCACGGAAUCUGUGAUAACAUAGCUCGCUCCUGCACCUUACCGUCCGUCACGGAUGAUUCACAAGUUAUAGCGAAGCAGUGCCACGCUCUCCUCAAGCAACUGAAUGUCGCUCCAGAAGAUAUACGAGGCAUGGGGAUACAAGUCAGCAAGUUGGAUGAGAAGAAUGCCUCUUCUGGUGCGAAAAAUGUGAGAUCUUUGUUUGAUUUUAUGAAACCACAGGCGAACACUAACGAAGACGCCUUGAAAGUUGUUGCCUCAGAAAGAGAAGAUGGAAUCUCUGAAGAAGUCCGCGCGCCUGUUGAAGGAAGACGUCCUGAAAAUGAACAGAGCAAACUUCCACCGCUACCAAGAUUCUCUCCCCAGAAAAUUCAGCAGACACGUGAUUGCUCGUCCGAGAAAAGACUUGGUGACCUGGGGGAGAGUCUAUAUUUGCCAUCGCCGUCCCAGAUUGAUCCUUCUGUGUUUGAAGCUUUACCUGAGGAUAUUCGAAGAAGUAUUGAAAAAUCUUACGCUGCUAGAAAUCAGAGGAUUUCACUUCAUCGUGCUGAAAGACAAGAGGUUAGUAAAGGAUAUUCUCCUUAUAGUAAUGAUCAUCAUCAUCUUUAUCAACACCGUCAUCCUCCUCCUCAUCCUCAUCUUCAUCCCCAUGAUGAUGAUGAUGAUGAUGAUGAGAGUGUUCCCCUGGUAAAUUUUGUAUCGUUUAUUAUUUCAUCAUUAUCGAUAUGUGUGGAAUAUAGACAGAAUUAGUAUCUAUGUUAGAGAAGCAUUUGAUAUUGUAUUUUUGUUGUUGUCUGUUUGCUUUUUCUUGAAGUCAAGAUAGCGACUUUGAUUUUCAGCUUUAAGAACAGUAACUUCGUCACAGGGAAAGUCUUUCUGUUCCUGAGUGAGAGUUCAGGCACCUCUCCGUAUGUGUCUCUGUAAUGGUGGUGGUGGUGGUGGUGGUGGUGGUGUUGGAGGUGAAGUGGAGUGGAGCACCAUUUGACAAUCUUACGCAAAAUAGUGAACAGCAGUUUAGUGUCUUGUGGUUUGAUGCAGAGAUUUUUUUUGUCACAGGAAGAAGCAUUUGAACCUCAGCAGCCUCCGCAACAAAAAACCACCAAAAACAAACAAAGUAAGACAGCGUCCAGACCUACUCGAACUCUAUUUCAAGCAAGCACUUCAUCAGAAGCAGCUCCUAGUACAUCAGAUCUUCUACCAUCACCAUCCCAAAUCGACCCAGAAUUCCUGGCGGCCCUUCCAGAUGACGUCAGAGAAGAACUUGAGCAGGCCUAUAAACUGAAGGAUUCAAAUAUGACAGGCAAUCGUGCCCAGGCUGAAGCUUCGAGUGCCCCGGUUUUGCCUGUGGAGAGAGGCCUGGGAAAUGGUAAAGGGGCUCUCCAGUCGGGCGCUAUUCAAAAGGAAGAAACUGAAAAAGGCAACCAUCCUCCAUCAAAACAGAAACAGGUAAAUUUAAUCCGUUACGAUAAGGACGACGCGGCACUAGUCCGACGUCAAAUACGGUCAAACCCCGUUAAUAGGCUGAUUUAGCAACAGGACGGGAACGUCAGUUGACAACGGCGCGCGCAAAUCAAACAACUGGCUUGACCAAUGGCAGAGCGGCAAAUUAAGCACCGGAAGUCGUGUUUAGUCCUUUCCGCGCGCCUUCCCGUCGCCAACUGACGUUCCCGUCCUGUUGCUAAAUCACCCUAAUACGUCCCCAAGGGGGCCAUAGUAAUGUCCGUAUCAAGCGGGUUGAAUUUUUUUAAGAAAAUGUAAGGAGUUUCUAGUUUCCCCAGGGACAAAGCAAACUGUCAGUAAUAAUGAGGUGUCUGUAUAAAGCGGGAUUUGACUGUACAAUUGUAAGUAGUAGUCACCGUUGCCUCUCUUGUUUCGUGAAUGGGCGAUACCAAAAUACCCCCUGGAUAAUGUUAAAAAUAAGGUAAAAUAGAAAGGAUUCUCUAGACAGUCUCAGAAAGAUCAGAGAUGAAUCCACGUCAAAAGGUCAGGAAAGUGCUUCAGGUUCCCUUAUUAUAGAUUUAUCAGUUAUACAAAACACCUGCACCGACACCUAUCCCGUAGUCAUGGUGACCGUUGGGGCGUCACGGACCUAGCAACCCUUUCCCUCCAUUUGAUUUUGUUUUCAGAUUCUCUUAGGGCGUCGCAAAACCUCAACUCUGUCCACUCAGAGAUGUUAUUCUCUCAACGCAUCUUUUGUCGGCCUCUUCUUCUCCCUCCCUUCUCUUUUCUUUGUAAAAUUGUCUUGGCAAGCCCUGCUGGUCUGGAUUUAUGCUCAAACUAUUUUAACUUGCGUUUCUUUACUGUGGUCGAGAUGUCAUCAUAGGGCCCGAUGGCUUACCUGAUUCUAUCUCUGACUGCAUCGUUAGUGAUGUGGUUUCUAAACAGCAAACUGUAAAUUUGUAAUUUGUAGCAAAUGAGCUUGCUAUUAUUUUAGUGUGGCUAUAGUUCUACAUCUAAAUUUAUAUAUUGACAGUCGAGGUGUCCUAGAAAUGGCGCCGACUGUUCGCGAAAGGGAACUUGCUUUGCCGUGGUGGUCAAGAAACAACCUCGUUCAAAUAUUUUCCCUCUGUUUCGUUUUUUCACUUAGCUGUUACAAACAUUUCUUGUCAUCAGGUGAGUUUAGGAGAAGCCAUUACACUUCCAGAAGUAAAGCAGGUCAUCAGACAAUGGACUGAAGCUUAUGAAGGUAGGAAUUGUUAGGUCUUGAAGUGUUUUAAGGGACUGACUGACAAGCAGCACACAGUUGGCCACGUAGUCAAGAACGCGCAUUAAGGUUCGCCAUCUUGUUUUUACCCUCUCAUUUCACUCCUACAAUCCCGGAUGUACAAAAUAGUGCCUAGUACACCACAGACGAUUUUAACACGUGACCAAGUUUUUCCUUUACUUGCUAAGUACUAUUUAUUUUAUCUACCAAAAAAUUUGUAGUUUUAUGCCAGGUUCAUCCACAUAAAGUAUUUUGGACAGGUUUUACCUGCUCCUCUCCUGAAUUGAGACAUUUUCAACUUGAAUCUCGCAUUUGCCAGUUGUCGUAAACGUGAUUCUAAAAAUGUCUAUUUUCGUAACAAGGCACAAGCACUUCCCUCGAGAAGUGUGAUAUUUUAAUACGUCAGUACUCUUAGUCACCCUGGAAAGUAAAAGUUAAAAGGUUUUAAAAUUCCUAUUUGUUGGCAAACCUUGAGUAGCAGUACAAACAAACCAAAUGUAUUUGGCAAGUUUCCAGGUUGAAUACGCUUCUAUGUAAAGCGAUCAAUACUGAGAACAGUUGUGCUCCGUUUUGUUCAGUUGCGUCUCGUUGCAAUCGGCGAAAAUCUGGUCCCUCUUGCUGGUAAUGAAGAUGAACACAAGUAAAAGCAAAUUGACUCAAACUUGUACAAUUCCUGCCCUAAAGACGUCGCAAGUUCAGAACUAUUUCUCGAAUAUCUUAUACCCCAUUACAGUGUUCUUUGGAGGAGCUUCUCAUUAAAGGCCUGAGAAAACAGCCCGUAUCUUGCGACAACAUCACUGAUUUCCCUGCGAAAUGACGCCUGCGAAACAACUGUCAGUAGAAAUUGCAAACUGAUAACGCGUCCUUACUGAGAUCUGGGUACUGCCUCUCUUUGAUUAGUUAAUGUCAAUUUCCCACGCAACUCUUCAAUCAGAAGCACAACCAGGCAAUCGGAAAUGUUGAGAAUUACACUCUUCCGCACUGCUAGUGGCCAAAGGUCCUUCGAAUAUAGAGCAACGUUUUUUGAAAUAAGUUGUAACCAGAACUCAAGCUAAGCGAAUCAGUUCAAAAUUUUAAGCGUCAACUUAGACGACUUCUUCUGGACGCCUCCUUUAGUUAGUUAAUUAUUUUUCGUGUUUUUAGCUUUCUGUGUUCCAAAUGUGUAUUGUAACAUUGACUCUGAAAAGCCCUGUGGGGACGAGCCAAUAAAAUACGUAUGUAUGUAACCCAGAUCUGGGUAGUGACACGUCAUCAGUAUGGAAUUUCGACGUUCGUUCCUCAGACGUCGAUAGCCCACGUUUGUCAUAUUAAAAUUCUGACAUGACUCCGAGACUUUCUGGUCAUUUUUCUAUAUUUGGUUUGGUUUUCUCUGUGCUCGUCUCUUCUGGGAAUUGCGAGACAAUGGGGUCGUGAAAAAUUUACAAUUUUGUCCCCAAAGCCUCUGAGUCAUGUUAGAAUUUAAAUACAUCGAACGUGGGCUAUUGGCAGGGAAACCAAUGGUGACGUCACAAAAUGUCGGCAGUUUUCUUAGACUACACAGUAACGGCCUGGAAAAUAAAAUUCGGCCCUUUUGGGUGAGCAUGAAAUUGGCUUAGUGUUUUUUUUUUUUAUGAUCUUUGCUGUGAUUAUAUAUCGGCAGCUCCUUUGGAAGAAGACGUGGAAGUGUUAAGUGCUUACCUUAUACAGCUUGUUGGAACACAAAACUUAGAGCAGCUUUGGAAAGUCUUGAAGUUUCUUGACAGGUAUGCUACGAAUUUUUGGCUGCUGUUUUAACUGUAAAAUUGGACAUGUCGUGUUGAUUAGGAGUGAAAUACGGGCAUACAGGCAAACGGGCAUACAGGGUAUACAAGGUAUACAGGCAUGCGGGCAUACAGGGCACACAGGUAUACGGGCACCCAGGGCAUACGGGGAGUGAUCGAAUGUUAUGGGAUAUACAGCAAUGGUUAGGGAUGAAAUGAGAGAAAGGGGAAUGUAGGGGGAAGUAUUGGUUGAAUCCACCAAUAGACUGUAAAACUGCCCGUAGUUUUGCUUAAUGGAGAACGGAAGAACAGUCAAACAAAACGUCUGGAGCGAGAGUGAGGCUCGCGCGCCUUGCGCGCGAGAGACUUUAACGCUGCCUGCGUUUCGCGCCUCUAAAGAAAGUUUUCAGAAAAGAAAAAAAAAAGGCCUUGUUCUGCAGUCUAAUUCGCGACCAAGGUGGAACUUAAACUUUGGACCGAAAAGAAAACUGCGAUGUGCAAACGGUAUAAGACGUCCGAUUCUUCUCACCUGUAGAAAGCGCUCCCUACCUUCUCCACCCUAAUAUUUAAAUUUUCGCCUGUAAUUAUGGUAGUUUCAUGGUUUUGUGGAAGGGUGCAAUCACCAAAUGACGCCAUACAAAAGAUUAAAAAAAAAAACAAGACAAGGAUAGCAACUACACGACAACACAAGAUUGAACCAACAAUGGCUUCCUCAACACCACGAAACAUCCCCUGUAAUACGGAGAACAUUCUCCUGACUGGGGUAGGGAGAGGCCUUGUGGGGGAAAGGUCUUGCCAAAAGUCGAGCAAUUCACGCGAGCAGGUCAAAUAACUUAUUUCUAAUUACUAAUUUCUAAUAGAAUUAUUUUCUCUCAAAAAUGAAACUUUUUCUUCGUUUUUUAAUAUGACGAUUCUCGUCUGUUUUGCUUAAAGGACGGUUGAUGGUCGCGAAGAGUGGCAGAUUUCUUGUUGUACCGUGUUAUCUCAAGUUCAACAAGUCCUCAGCCAGAAAUAUCACACCAAACUUUCUGUAAAUUCUUUAAAAUUUGCCAAGUUAAUUCCCGCCGGAAACUUUUUGGAUCCACUCCUGAAUAACUAAACUGGUUGAGUAUUAAAUCCAUAUGUGCUUUAUUUUAAUAAAUAACUGAAUAUCCAGCCGGUUUUUUGAAAACGAGACUAGUGGAAAAGUGGGGCCAAAAGGCAGGGGUUUGUUUGCGUCCUAUAAUCCCGAAAAUCGCACUAACGAAAGAAAGGAUAGAAAAAACAGCAAAGAGCGAGAAUAACGAAAGGAGGAGGAGAAGAUGAAGAAACAAUAGGCC